CUUAGCCCAACGUCCAAUACGGACAUAUAUACCGCAGCCCACACCGUCAGUCUGGGUUGGUAUAAUAAUAUUCCUAUACUAUACAUUCCCCAGGAAUUCAAUUUACAAGUGAGAUAUGCCGAAUCGAGCCCAAGAAGUCAUUCCUGCCCUUGAUGCAGUGAACCCUGAGGCAUUUAGCGACAACGAAGUAGAACGCCUGCAGGUGCGCGCCGCAACACGUCGACUGCUCGCCAGGGUGGAGACACCCUAUGAGCGUGCCUGGGGCUUCUGCUUCGAACAUCCUGUCGUCUUCGCCGCUCUGCAGACAUGCAUCGACCUGGGCCUUUGGGAAUCCUGGACGAGCACUGGGGGGUAUGAGAAGUCCAUCAACGAGCCGGUCCAGCUUACCAAUGCCACCAUUGAUACAAACCUGCUGCGCCGGCUCUUCCGCUUGCUAGCAGCCUUCAACAUUGUCGAGGAGACAGCGGAAGACAAUUUUAAACCGACAGCAUUCUCGUACGCCAUCGGCGACGAGAGCACCAAGGUUCGCGCCUCGCUUCAAGCAGCAACAUAUCAAUACCUUGCAGCUGGCCACAACCUGCCGGCCUAUCUGGCCAAGACCUCCUACAAGGAGCCUACGGACUUCAUCUCGAAUAAUUACUCGGACGCAGACCCUGAUGGCCUCAACUUCUUUGGGCGACUCCAGCAGAAUCCCACUCACUAUGAAGCUUUCACCGGCCAUAUGGAGGCCUGGACAGCAUGGAAAACCCCAUGGACCAAGGUAUACGACACGGCCCGACUGCUUGAUGGUGCGAGGUUGGACGAUGCUUCUCCAUUCGUUGUUGAUGUGGGUGGUAACACUGGGAUCGAUAUUUCCCACGUCCUCGCCAAGCAUCCGGACCUCCCCGCUGGAACGCUCGUCUUGCAAGAUGUCCCGGAAGUCAUCGCCAAGGCCCAGGUGGACAAGGAAAUCACAGCUAUGUCUCAUGACUUCUUUCUCCCACAGCCGGUCAAAGGCAGCCGAGCUUACUUCAUGCAUGCCGUGAUUCACGAUUGGCCAGAUGACAAGGCCAAACAACUACUAGUCAACACAAAAGAUGCAAUGGUCAAGGGAUACUCCAAGCUCUUCAUCUACGACAUUGUUCUUCCCCCCACGGGGGCGAGCAUUAGCCAGGCUACAAUGGACGUGGAGAUGAUGUCGUUACUUUCGGCUUCUGAGCGGACGCAGGGUGCAUGGGAGAAGCUGUUGACCGAAGCUGGGCUGAAGAUUGCCAACUUUUGGCCUGACCCUCGGGAGUAUGAGAUGAUAAUUGAAGCUGAGGUUGCGUAGGUUUGAAACUCCCUGCAAAUGUCUGAUUUAAACUGUUACCUUAAGAGGAUACAUGUCAAAAUGGUACUUGAGCAUGUUUAUUUGUACCUCUAGGUCUCUUGAUUUAGUACUAGGGCUACAAAGGACUCAUAAUUAAUAACGCAUCAAUCUAAUGUUGAGCAUGGUGA